AAUAAUAUUCGUCAUAUAUAUUGUAUAAAGUCCAUUGAAAGUUGGAAACCAUAAUAUUAGGUUAGAAGCGCCGAGGUCUUCGUGUUCGAUAUAUGGGGCCUUAAAAGCAUAUGGUCCGAUUUCGGUGAUUUUUAGAAUGGGCUGCCACACUAUUAACAUAGUAUUUGUGCAAAGUUCUGCACCGAUAUCUUCACUAGUACUUACUUUAUAUAUUUUAAAGUAAACGAUUCAGAUUGUCUUCAAAGUUCUGGUAUAUAGGAAGUAGGCGUGCUUGUGAAACGAUUUGGCCUAUUUUCACAGCAUAUCAUUGGGAUGUAAGGAAACUAUUACAAACAAAGUUUCAUCGAAAUCGGUCGAGUAGUUCCUGAGAUAUGGUAUUUGACCCAUAAAUGGCCGACGUGUUUCUGACGUUUUUCGUUAGUGAGUUAACCCACUUUUAGUAAUUUCCAACCUAACUUUUGUAUGGGAGGUGGGCGUGGUUAUGAUCCGAUUUCUUUCCUUUUUAGACUGUAUUAGGAAGUGACUAAAAGAACGACUGCAGAAAGUUUGGUUAAUAUAGCUCUAUUGGUUUGCGAGAUAUGUACAAAAAACUUAGUAGGGGGCGGGGCCACGCCCACUUUCCUAAAAAAAUUACAUCCAAAUAUGCUCCUUCAUAGUGCGAUCCUUCAUACCAAAUUUUAUUUCCAUAGCUUUAUUUAUGGCUUAGUUAUGGCACUUUAUGUGUUUUCGGUUUUCGCCAUUUUGUGGGCGUGGCAGUGGUCCGAUUUGGUCCAAGAAAUAAGUGAGCCAAGUUUCAUCAAGAUAUCUUAAUUUUUACUCAAGUUACAGCUUGCACAGACGGACGGACGGACGGAGAGACAGACAUUCGGAUUUGAACUCCACUCUUCACCCUGAUCACUUUGGUAUAUAUAACCCUAUAUCUAACUCGAUUAGUUUUGGGUGUUACAAACAACCGUUAUGUGAACAAAUCUAUAAUACUCUCUUUAGCAACUUUUGUUGCGAGAGUAUAAAAAUUGCGUACAUAAGGGCAUCUUUAGAAAAACAUAUAAGAAGGUGGACGUGGCCCCGCCCGCAAAUAGGUUUUUUGCUUGCUGAAAACAUAUUUUUAUAUUAUUGCGUUAUACGGUGUAGAUAUGGAUUAAAUGGUAUAAUAACCUCGCCCACACCCCAUACAAAGACAAUGUUGAAAAUUACUAAAACUCCUUUAAAACGCAAACGAAAACAUAUAUAUAUAUACCAUAGGGAAUAUUUUCUUUAUAACAGUGUGCGUUGGUAAAAACAAGGAUAAAUUCUUAAAAUUAAAAUUUUCAAAAUUCCGAUGUGCUUUAUAUCGUAUAUAUAGGUGAAUAUGUGAGAUAUCACAUGGUAAGGUAAUUUGGUAGCAAAAGUUUGUGAAAUUGCGAAGUUUUGUUAUACAAUUAUAUAGUUGAACAAGUAAGGAAGGGCUAAGUUCGGGUGUAACCGAACAUUUUAUACUCUCGCCAUUUAUAUAUUUAAUUUUAUUAAUAUAACACACAACUUGAUCCACAUAUUCGUCAUAUAUUUAGUAAUUGAAAGUUGGAAACCCUAAUAUUAAGUAUAUGGGGGUUAGGUGAAGUUAAGAGCCGAUUUCACUCAAUUUUGGAAGGGAGACAUAUUAUUAAAGGAAAGAUAUUCGCUAUUAAUUUCUUCAAAAUAUCUGAGAUACUUAAUUAUAUUUUCGGUAAAAAAUUUAUUUAAAGCUCUGAGACCCUCAUGUUCGAUAUGUGAGGCCUGGGAUACUUAUAGUCCGAUGUCGGCGAUUUUCAGAAGGGCUAUGCCACACUAUAAAUACAGUAUUUGUUCCAAGUUCUGUUCUAAACGUGGUUGUGAACCGAUUCAGCCUAUUUUCAUAAUAUAUCAUUGGGAUGCCAGGAAAAUAUUAUGAACCGAAUUUCAUUGAAAUUGGUAAAGUAGUUUCGGAGAAAUGGUUUUUGACCCAUAAGGGGGCGGUGCCACGCUCAUUUAAAGAUGUGUAUAAAAAUUUGAGUACCUUUUUUGUAAUGAAAUUUUAGGUUUCGGGUGAAUUAAAUCAUUUUUAGUAGUUUUCAACAUAACCUUUGCAUGGGAGGUGGGCGUACUUAUAAUCCGAUUUCCUGGACUGUUUAAGGAAGUACCUGAAAAAAACAACUCUGAUAUUUUCGUUGAUAUAGCUUUAGUAGUUUAUGAGAUAUGUACUAAAAACUGUGUAGGGGGCGGGGUCAUACCCACUUUUCCAAAAAAAUUACAACCAAAUAUGACCUUUCCUAGAACAAUCCUUUAUACCAAAUUUCACUUUCAUUGCUUAAUUUAUGGCUUAAUCGCCAUUUUAUGGGCGUGACAGUGGUCUGAUUUCGCCCACCUUCGAACUUAACCUUCUUAUGGUACCAAUAAAUACGUGUACAAAGUUUCAUCAAGAUAUUUCAAUUUUUACUCAAGUUACAGCUUGCACGGACGGACAGACAGACAUCCGUAUUUCAACUCUGCUCGUCACCCUGAUGACUUUGGUAUAUAUACGCCUAAUGCUAAGUUUCAUCAAGGUUUCGCUCUAUCACAAAUGCAGCACUCGGGUAAGAAUUCAUAUACAUAUAUUUGAUGAAUCCAUAUCUUCAUCAAAACUCAAUUUUCUUACAUCCAGUUAAUUUACAAUAAAAGUCUAGCAACCCUUAACAUAGAGAGGUCCUGGAUAUAAAUUAGUUUCGAUUUUCACCAAUGAAGAAAUUUGAAAGUUUUAAAUGGCCGUCAUUAAAGUCUAAGUAGUUUUGCAUUUUAUAUCAAUUCAAAUAUGUUUUUAAAGUCCUUUUCAGCAACUAUAAAGUUUAUAGUAAGUAAGGCAAGAUUUAACUCGAACAGAACGAAAUAUUCCAAACUCAUCUAAACUUAUUAAAAUAUAUCGUAGCUAUGGUUUAAAGGGUUUCGACGUAGUGACUUGUGUCGGUCACUCCGGACAACAAAACCAACCAUGAGACCACUUCAUAUAUAUCUUUGGCGCUACGUAGACGCAAUGAGACUGAGUUUCUGUGUCACUUCGUGACCGUUCCGAAGAAAAAUGCAAACAAAAACCAAUGAAAGCUCAAACAAUUUACUUCUCCUAGUGAACCUGCUCAAAAGAAUUUGGAGUCUGUCCUCUCAGUUUGAAAAGUGCUUAACACAAUUUUCUGAGAUUCUCGAGAACUCUAUGAAUACGGGCAAAAUUCACAUGGACUGAUGUUAUGCCGCAUUGAAGAAAACAAGGCACUAUUUGAGAAAGAAACCGGCACCUAACUCCGCCAUCGACACUCCCUAAUUGAUAGGUUAGCCAAUAAACUGUUACAGCUUCAAACAUAGUAUCUUCUGUGCUGCUUCUUUUUGUUUCUAAAUUUCAAAAGGUUCCAACACACCUCCAGAAAACACAUUUUUCUGUAGGGCUAAAGAAGUUGGAGUAUCACUUGUUCGACUGUAUCAAGCUCAAAGAAGACUAAGUUGAAAAAAAAAUAUGAAGGCUAAGUUCUUAUCGGACCGCAUUCUUAUGCAAAUACAUUCAUUUUACUUUGCUGAAACAAGCGGUGGGUGGAAUAUUACAAUGCCCUUGAACGAUGGCAUAAAAAUUUCUUUGCUAAUUUUCUGAAUAUUUGUCACAAAAUUAUAAAUCCACUUUACAUAUACACUCGCAUUCUCAAUAUUCGUUCAUCUAAGCGUGAGUAUAAAAAGUUCUGUAUCAGGAAUAUCAGUUUGAGUAAAAAUAUUCACUCUUGCGAUGUCUUUGAUAAUAAACAGCUGGGAUGCCUUCAAGUAUCAUUGGCGCGUCUGGGACUUAAGCGGCUUUCGCGGGCCACGGAGGCAAUCAAUUUGGUAUAUUCCCCAUAAGUUGUACAUGAUUGUGAUAACACUAUUAUUUCCGAUCUACUACCCCACCUGUUUCACGGUGGAGAGUUUGCUAGCAGACAACUUAAAUGAUUUCUGUGAAGUGAUCUAUAUAGCUAUGGCCGAUGUGACGCUUAAUAUCAAGUUCCUCACGCUAUUCAUUGUGCGUCAACAAUUAUUGGAACUGAGACCGAUACUCAAGCGCUUGGACGCUCGUGCGAAAACCGAAGAAGAAAUCGGCGUUCUGCAGGAUGGCAUUGAUUCGGCUAAGAAAUGUUUUCUAAUAAUUUUACGACUAUUUUAUAGCGCCUUCGUCACCAGUCAGUUAAUGGUAAUUUUCUCUGGAGAAGCACGUCUCAUGUAUCCCGCAUGGUAUCCCUUCAAUUAUAAAGCAACACGCACAAAGUUUUGGAUUGCGUAUGGUUAUCAAACAAUUGGGUUCCUAGUGCAGUGCACACAAGCCUGCUCGGUGGACACAUAUCCGCAAGCCUAUAUGCGCGUACUUACGGCCCACAUACGAGCGCUAUCGCUACGCAUUGAAGCAAUCGGACGUAAAAGUUUCAACUGCGAUUCUUCAGAAUUUAUUCCCUUAACAAAAGAUGAAAUGAAACGUAAUUAUGAUGAGCUCGUGUCAUGUAUCAAGGAUCACAAAACGAUCAUCGAAUUAUUUUCAACAAUACAAAAGCCCAUCUCCGGUACAGCCAUGGCUCAGUUCGUUUGUACUGGCGUGGCCCAGUGCACCAUAGGGGUUUAUAUGCUCUAUGUCGGCUUUAAUAUUUCUAUUAUGUUGAACAUGGCUGUUUUCUUCGUGUCGGUGACAAUGGAAACACUAAUCCUCUGCUAUUAUGGCGAUAUGUUCUGUCAGGAGUGCGAGCAGCUUUCAAAAGCCAUUUACAACUGUAACUGGACUGUUCAAAGCAGUGAAUUUAAAAAGGCAUUGUGCUUUUUUCUUCUUCGCUCGCAGCGUGUGAAUGUCUUAAUGGCGGGCAAUUGGAUACCAGUAAGAUUGCCUACAUUUGUAAUGGUCGUGAAGUCAUCUUACUCUAUAUUCACUUUGCUGAGCAGUUUCAAAUAAAGUCUAAACGCUUUAAAACGCUUGCUGUGUGCCAUUAAUAAGUGGAACAAGUGUCGGAAGUUAUUUGGACCUUGACAUUGCCGCCGGUGAUGGCUUCCAUUGCUUUGCUGAGCAGCGUUGCGUCCUUGAGGCUGACAACUUGCAGCACUUGUGGCUCAGUACCGGGCGCACCCUGUAUCAACAUCUGCUGCAUCCCGGGGGACAUAGUUAUAGUCUCCAAUUGUUCGCCAUUUUCCACCUAGAAAACAAAACGAAAAUUUAUUUACAACAUUAAUAUACUUAUAUCAACGCAUAAUAUAGAGUGUAACAGGGUUGCCAUAUCAGAUAAUAAUUAAUACAUACAAUUUCGGUUUUCAAUUUAUGUGGUUGUGAAACUGUAAAUGCUACGGACUGAAAUAAACAAAAAAUUUAAAUAAAUAAUUCAAGCCUUAAAAAAACAAAAACUUACGUUGUUCUGCCACAAAAUAGUAAUUAAAUAAGAAAAUAAGUGCCAUUAUUUGCAUUUCAAAUCAAAUAUAUUGGUAUUAACUAUAUAUUUACAAAAAUCAUGAAGAAAAAAAUCAUAACGCUACAAUAAAUUACGAAGAAAACGAACUAAAUAUAAAUAACAAAAUAUAUGAAUAUGUAAAUUUUCAAACCGAAAGUAUUUAUAGCUACUUGGCAAACAAAUUUCAAAUGUUUACGCAAAACAAAACAAUAAUUGCAUUAUAAUUAAUUUAAGUAAAUUAAAUAAAAAUUUUCACAAAUUUGCUAUGCUAAAGAACUGUGUGUCAUUGUGUGUGCUCGCAUCGUACAUAGAUUUAGAGAUUUAGAGUCGCACUUGACAACAACAAAAUAAAUAUUAUUAUAUACAAUUGCACUUAAACUAGGCCGUUUACAAUGAUCAACUGAUUUUGUAAAUACAAUAUAUAUUUUUAGUGUAAACAUUUUCAAGUUGUUUAAUUAUAUAAUUCGAAAACAUCACUGCCUAUUUGAAAUUGUUGUCAAUCUAAACGGCCUAGUUUUUCCUAAUAUUAUAUAAUAUAUGAGAUGCGCUAAAACAUUUAAAAUACAGUAUC